AUGCCGGGGGAGGGCUGCGUCCACAUUUAUAAUAUAUACCAGCCCGCCCUGCGGGAGCCGAACAAGCAUAUAUGGAUCAGGAUUAAUCACAUACCGAUACACACCGUGUUUAACUUCAGCCCUGCCCCUGCCCCCGCGGUGAAGAGGUGGGACUGGGCCAACACCGACUGGCAAGCCUAUCGCAGCGAACUGGCCAACCAGCUACAACCAAUAAUCGGCCAACUGGCCAGACCGAUUACCAUCAAUGCAGCGGUGGAAGACCUCGUCGAGGCCCUGACUACCGCUGCCGAAACCGCCAUGCCGAAGAAGACCAUCACCGAAUACUCCAAGCCCGGUUAUACGGAGAAAAUAAAGAAACUGAAGCACCGCAUGCAGCAAACAAAGCAGUAG